GUGGGGCGUAAGUAAAUGUAAAAGAUACUCCAGAUUCAUAUUUAACGUAUGUUCAUGAUGUUACAGUUUGAUUAUCUCUCUGUUGUUCGUCACUGAUGUGUGUGAAUUCUUUUCCAGGAUGCACAGAUGACCAAUGCUUUGUAGAAAAGACUGUUUCUCUUGGACAAGAAGUGACUCUAACAUGUAGCCGUCACUCUGGAUUGACAGGGUCGUUAUUUUGGAUCAAACUUGUUGUUGGAAACUUUCCUGAAGUCUUAGCAGCCACGUAUAUUUUUGAUAAGGCCAGAAUUAAUGCAACUCCUCGGGUUACAGCAAAAAAAGAGCCUGGAACAUUUGUUCUUCGUAUCACCAAAACAGAGCUGAGUGACACUGCAUUUUACUAUUGUGAACAUGUGGUUGAACUACAAACAACAUUUCUGAAUAAAACAUUUCUGCAAGUCAAAGCACCAGAACCUGAUAUCACUGUCAUUCAAGUCCCUCCAUCUGAUCGGGUCCGUCCAGGAGAUCCAGUGACUCUGCAGUGUUCAGUCCUCUCUGACUCUGAGAGGAAAACAUGUCCAGGAGGACUCGGCGUGUACUGGUUCAGAGCCGGAUCACAUGAACCUCAUCCCAGUGUCAUUUACGCUCAUGGAAACAGUGGUGAUGAGUGUGAGGAGAGUCCUGAGGCUCGCUCUCCACACAAAUGUGUCUACAACUUCUUCAAGGACGACAUCAGCUCCUCUGAUGCUGAGACUUAUUACUGUGCUGUGGCCACAUGUGGACAGAUGUUAUUUGGAAAUGGAACAAAACUGGACGUUGGAGUUGGCAGCACGUGUGAUUCACAGAAAGGCGACACAGUUCUGUAUCUGGUGUGUGCUGCUUUGGCUUUAAGUCUGGUUCUUGUAGCCUUCCUUCUUUAUGCCAUCAGGAAAAAAUCCUGUGAUUGUUGUAACGCUGCUGUGACUCUGCAAACAAAUGCUGCAGCAGCCAGUGGUGAUCAGCAAAGUCAGCAGAGAAAUGAGGAUUCUUUGGUUUAUUCUGCACCAGACUUUACCAGGAGGAAAGCCGGCAAAUCAGGGAGAAGAAGUGCAAGAAAGGAGGAGACGAUCUACGCUGAAGUCAGGGCUUUUGUGAUGGAUCCAUAAUCUAAACACAGAAUAGGCUAAUUAAUGCUUAUAGACCUUCCUUGCUUGCAUCGCACCGUUAAGAUAAUAAAAAAAGACUGGACAAACUCAAAUGUUUUUUGGAUAAUAUUUCUAUAUUUUGUCCAAACUGUGCAAACACAUUAAGUUUUGAGUCCUGUUACUUCAAAAAACUAAAUUAAUCAUUAUGAUGAAAAUAAGCCUAUUGCAUUGUUUAUCCCAUAACUAUUAUAUUUUGUUUAAUUUUUUGUAAUUUCUCUAAUUAAAUGUUUCCACUCUAUCUGUUAUGUAGUUACAAGCCCAUUAACAUCCUCCCAAGCCUCUAAUCUAUACAUCAAUGUGAUGCAAAGCAGCUGUACUCAGCAGAAUUUAUAUCUGUGUAUAUGUGUUUUCUUUGAUGAUAAAAA